AUGCUCACGGUACGGAAUCUGACGUCCCAGCCCAUCUCCAUCAGCCGGGUGGAGCGCUUCGAGGAUCCGAACGCGGGGCAGAGUAGAGCGGGGGAUGUUGGGUAUUUCUUCGGCGGCAGAACGACUGCUUCUGUAUCGCCAUCCGCGCCGGAGCUGGAGGGACAUGCUCAGUCGUUUCAUCACAAGGAUCUGGAUGUCAGGCUGGGGCCGUUUGAAUCGUACACGGUCAGCGUGCCGGGGAGUGAAAGAGAGGAAGGUGGAGCGUCUCGCUCGAGAUGCACGCUGCGGCUCACGAUUGAAUCGGCGGGUGCUGGACGUCACCGCGUCGACACGAACCCGGGACACACGCAGAAGUCGACGCACAAGUUCACGUCGCUGUCGCCGAACCCUGCUCAGAGCUACACUGCUCUCUUCCACCCGUCGACACCUACCCCCCACCUGACCAUCCGUGAGAGCAGCUCCGUCGACUACCGCAAAUGGAUGGCCACGCUCCCAGACGCUCUCCCCCUCUCGGCCAUCAGCAUACCAGGCACGCACAACUCUCACGCGUACUACAAGGCGCUCCCCUCGGUCAAGUGCCAGUGCGUGGACGUGAAGACGCAGCUGGAGAAUGGCAUCCGCUUCCUGGACAUACGCGCGCAACCCGUGCACGCGUCUGACGCGGGGAAAAAGCACAUGUACCUCGUGCACGGGGCGUUUCCCAUCAGCCUGACAGGGCCCAAGUACCUGGGUCCGAUUCUGGAGACGUGCUACGCGUUCCUGGCCGCGCACCCCAGCGAGAGCGUCCUGGUGUCGUUGAAGCGCGAGGGCGUGGGGUCAGCGAGGGACGAGCACUUUGGGCGCAUUCUACAGGACCACUACAUCGGCCCCAACGCAUCCAAGUGGCACACGGAGGCCACGAUGCCGUACCUGGGCAGGGUGCGCGGCAAGAUGGUGCUCGUGCGGCGAUACCACACGUCGCCCUCCCACACAUCCAUGUACGCGUCCGGCUCGGGCUUAGACGCCACGGCCUGGCCGUACAACUGCAGCUCGUCGACGUUCGGCUCGCCGUCGUGCAGCUUCUGCCUGCAGGACCUGUGCGAGGUGCUCGUCCCGUCGGCGAUGGCGCAGAAGGUGCAGUACGCAAACGAGCAUCUCGCGCGCGCGGCCGAAGCCAGGCACCCGAUCCCGGGCAUCACCACGGACAGGACGAAUCCCGUGCCGCCGGGCCCGCUGUUCCUGAACUUUCUGUCUGCCAGCAACUUCUGGAAGCGCGGGUGUUGGCCGGAGAGCAUUGCGAGGGUGGUGAAUAGGCAGGUGGAGGAGUGGCUGUGUGCGGGGCAUCAUCUGCAGCAGCCGGCCACGACGCCGGGGCAUGCUGAGAGGAGCGAGGGGGAGGGGGGUGCUGUGGGUGCUGUUAGGAGGGUCAAGGGUGGUGAUGGGGGAACGGGGGUGGUGAUGAUGGAUGUGGUGGGCGAGGGCGGGGAUUGGGAGCUUGUGCGGCUGAUUAUUGGGUUGAACAUGGGGGUGUUGAUGCGGGCGGGGGUGAUGUAG